GAUGUUGAGAAGGGAAAGAAGAUUUUUGUUCAGAAGUGUGCGCAGUGCCAUACUGUGGAAAAGGGAGGCAAGCACAAGACUGGGCCAAAUCUCCAUGGCCUGUUUCGGCGAAAGACAGGUCAGGCUGUCGGAUUCUCUUACACAGAUGCCAACAAGAACAAAGGCAUCACCUGGGGAGAGGAGACACUGAUGGAGUAUUUGGAGAAUCCCAAGAAGUACAUCCCUGGAACAAAAAUGAUCUUCGCUGGCAUUAAGAAGAAGGGAGAAAGGGCAGACUUGAUAGCUUAUCUCAAAAAAGCUACUAAUGAGUAAUAGUUGGCCACUGCCUUAUUUAUUAUGAAACAAGUGUCUCAUGACUUUUUAUGUGUACCAUAUUUAAAUGAAUCUCAUACACUAGAA